AGUCAAAUUACGUUUAGGGUGCAAAUUUAAUUUAACAUAAAUUAUAUUUCGCAAGUGAAUUUUUAAUCAAGUCUCCAGUUUUCAUUCUCGUCGACUCUCCAUAAAUGAUCAAGUAUUGACCGCUCUUCAAAAGCAAAUAACGGAAGAUGCAUUUGCAAUUUCCAGCUACAUAUUGAACGUAGUCGAAGAGCAUUCUUUUAUGUGACAUCGCAGACUACACUCGCAAAGUACAGAAUUACGCUCGACGCGCCAUGAAAAUUGGGAGGCUUUCUGGUCGUGUAAAAGACGGCAAACCGUCAUGGAUUUUCUUGGCUGUGUCAUGCUUUGUCAUGUUUCUAACUAGUGGAACCAUAGAAUCUUUUACCGUGCUUGUGGUUGUCUUCAUGGAGUAUUUUGACGAGACCAACGCAAAAAUAGGCUGGUUGGGUUCUAUAACCUUUGCUCUGUUAUGUGUUGCAUUUCCUGUUGCCGUUUUUCUUAGUCGUCGUUUAGGAUUUCAAGUUUUGAUUUUCGGUUCGGGAAUUUUAAUUACAACCGGUUACAUCGUGACGCCUUUCAUGCCUUCAGUGAACUAUGUGUACUUCACCUACAGUUUAGGAGUUGGUUUUGGUAUAGGCUGCGUUGACUGCCUGUCUAUCGCUAUUUUACCAGAAUUUUUCGACAAGCACCUUGGUCUGGCAACUGGCAUCCGCUUGUCAAGUAUUGCUGCUGCUUCUAUAUUAUUCAAUUUUAUGGUUCCAAUAUUAGUCGUCGAGAUAGGCUGGCAAAAACUUUUUUAUUGUUUCUCUUCGGUGGGACCAUUAAUUAUCUUAUAUUCGAUGUUCUUUCGGACAGACCAUCCAGAACAUAGGGAAGGCAAUGCGGUACCUGACGAACCCGAAAAAAAAGGAAAGGAGGUGCUUCCUCAAGCAUGCGAAGAAAAAUUUGAUUUUAAAGAUGCGUUGCUUCGUGAUCGUGGAUUGCAGUUAAUUUUAAUUGGCUGCAUGCCAUAUUUGUUUGCAGUUUUGGUGCCAGCAAUGUUCAUGGUGGCUUAUGCUAAAUCUCUCGGCUAUGCUCUAUCACAAUCCAAAUGGCUGAUGGUCGCGCGUGGUAUUGGUUCACUAGCGGGACGACUCACGAUGGGGUAUAUCGGAGAUUUUUCUUUGAGACGCCGUGUUAGCGUUCACAUUGCCUGCGCAAUCGUCGCUAUUUUUGGCCUAGCUUGUGCUCUAUGCUCCCUCACGCGAUAUCUGCCUCUUAUGAUACUAUUCAUGGCUAUUACGGGUCUUUUGGAAGGAAUGUUCUGGGUGCUUAAUCCCUUAAUGAUGCACGAACUAGCUGGAGGAGCGAAUGCUGACUACGGAUUUUCGCUUGUUGUUUUGUUAGUAGGUGUAGCGUUUUUUACAGGACCUUCGUCGAUGGGUCAGUUGUACGAUGCCACAGGUGACUUUCGUGUUGUCCUCUAUAUUUUAUCCGCAUGCGGAAUUCUAUCCGCCAUCAUUAUAGGAAUGGGCAUUCACAUUAGGGAAAGAAAAACAGCUGGAAAUGAAACAUCGAUUGUCAAGCAAGACAUUUGCAGCAUUCCAAAGAAUAUUUCCGAUCACUCUCAGUCAAUUUUAAAAAAACAACUCAAGAAAGUUACCAUUUAUGAUCUAUAUAUAGCAGCUGAACGCGAAACCAGAGUGUAACAAUUGAAUUGCAUCGAAGUGAAAUUUGUUGGGAAAUAGCACGUGAUACUAAAACGAUAAAAACUCAUCAAAUGUAGUUGUUCUUGUCUGAGUCCAUGAGAAGCUACAAAUUCUCUACUCGGUCAGUCUAGGAAAAGAUGUCUUUCAUUUUGAAUGUGUCUAUGGGAGAGAGGAAAUAGCGACUAUUUCUUACAAUGAUUGGUUAAAAAAUUAAAUGGUGUAGCAAUUUUUCUCAUAGAUAAUUGGACGUAGCUACCUCCAUUCCAUGGCACCUUUUGUGUAUAAGUAUUCUGCAUGUGCGUAAAUCCAAAUUUGAUUGGGGUAGAUCAUAUAUUCAUACAUUUUGUUAUGCCAGGCUGACUUGCUUUUAAAGUGAACUAGUUUUGAAAAGAUAUUAGCCAGGCAUAGCAGAAUUUAUUUGAAUAUGGUCCCCUCUAUCAACGUAGAAUUGAUGGUUAUUGUAUUCUGCGGCAAUGGUUAACCAACUUUAAGUUUUUAUCUGCGCAUUGCAAAUUAUUAGCUACUCUGCGCAGAGUUGGAAAAUUUGCGUCUCUCUUCUAUACCAUUUAUUUACUUUUUUCUUGACAACAUCGAGUAAUUCUAAUUGAUAAAUGGCAGUUGCGCUCACUGGCAAAAUUUUUAGAAAAAAUGAUAUAAGAAAGGUAUAUAUAAGUUAUCUAUCUUUUAAAAUUAUCUAGCAAUUUGAAAAUCGUACUUCCUAGGAUACAUCAAAAUAAAACAAAUUCCGAAAACAGA